UCCGAAGUCAUUGUUAAAGAUGGGAUUGCUGGGUACAUUAGGUUUCCCUUUAUUUUUUGUGUCUCUGAUUCAGAUUUCAUUUGGCCAGCAAAGUGAUUUCAGGAUUGUGGAGAUAACAUCUCCCUCCGCGUCCCAGCUGAAUGUAAAAUGGACAUUAUGCCGCGGUGCUACAAACUACCUUCUGGAUAUAAGGAUAGACAAUGUUUUCAAUGUCGCACCGGUCGUUGUUAUGUUACCUGCAUCCACCACAACAAAGCUGGUUGAAGGUGUCAGACCCGGAACUUUAUAUAAUGUGACAGUCAAAGCCUUCCAGUUUUACUACAUAAUCAACUCUACCUCAAAAUUGGCCACAACAGUCCCUGCCACAUCUCAAAUAAUCUCUUCGGAAUCGGUCUCCAGUUCCACAAUCAGAGCGCAGUGGUCCAACGCCACCGGGGCAAGUCAAUACUUCUUGAUUGCCGAAGCUACAUCAUCCGUGCAAAAAGUUAACAUGUCAUUUACUACCCUAAACGGAGAGAUAAGCAAUUUACAGCCGUCAACAACUUAUAAUUUAUAUAUUUAUUCUGCAAAUUCGGCUGGCUUGGGAGCUCCCGGCAAAGUACGAACGGUCACAACACUGGUGCAGCCUCCAGUGGGAGUGACAGUUCAACAGGCUGGCCCAAACAGCGCCCUCUUGAGUUGGCAGCCAGUAGACAAAGUUCUGGAGUAUGGAGUCUCCAUUUAUGAGAAUGAAACCAUUAAAAGCAACCCUGUUGUGAAGAAAACGUCUUCCACUUCCUUGCAAAUCAACAAUCUCUUGCCUUGCACCAAGUACCUAUUUGGAAUAGGUUCUUCCAACAACUUUUUAGUGUUUGGAGAGCAAACCUUUGUCCGGUAUAUGACUGGAAGUUUAAAUCCAGUGGCAGCCAUUACGACAAACUACAGCUGUGCCAGUGGUCUGGUGACUAUUAACUGGGGGAACACUUUUGGUGCAUCAUCCUACAGGGCUGUUGCUACUCCUCGCAAUGGCACCACACUUUCCUGCUCUGCCACAUCAACCAGCUGCCAGAUUACUGGGGUACAGUGUGGGCAGAGAUACACAGUGAGUGUCACUGCUAUCUCUGGCAGCUGUGAGAGUUCCUCUAAUGCAACCGCCAUCUUUGAGACAGUUCCAUGUGCACCUACCAAUUUGGGGAUUUUCCGGGACUGCUACAGCAAUGUCAUCAUUUUCUCCUGGGACCCAACAGCCAACACCAUGUACUAUGUUGCCAAGGCCAUGGACUCCAAUGGAGAGAUCACAGAGUGCAGGACCACAGACACAUCGUGCUUUUUCACCAACACUGGUUGUGGCCUGGGAUACCAGUUCACUGUGUACUCUGUAAAUGGGGAAUGCAGCAGCAGGAUCAGUGCCCCAGCCCGAACUCGAACUGCACCUUGUGACCCAAAGAAUGUGAAAACCAUAGGAGAAUGCCUGUCUGAUAUACUGAUUGUAAGCUGGGAGCCUGCUGCAGGUGCCCUGUCCUACACAGUUGAGGCCAAGGGUAACACAGGAGUCCGCUACAACUGCAGCUCCUUCACAACCAGCUGUGCUCUGUCUGGUGUGCGGUGUGGCGAGAGUCUCAGUGUUUGGAUCACAGCCUCAAAUGAUGACUGCAUCAGUGACAGCGCUCUUGGAGAAGUGGCAGAAACAGUGCCCUGUACACCUAGAAAUGUCACUGUAGAUUCUGACUGCAGUUCCAACUCUUUCUCUGUGAGCUGGGACUACAGCAGAGGAGCUCUGUUCUACAUAACCACUGCAGAGGAUUCUGAAGGCAACCAGUAUAACUGCAAAGAUACUAGCACACAGUGCCAAAUCAAGAAUCUGAGGUGCGGCCACUCCUACUCUGUCUUUGUCAUAGCAACCAACUUCAUGUGCAAUAGCUCUGAGAGUUCCCGUAUAACAGUUGAAACAGCACCAUGUUCUCCUGAAUCUGUCGAUGUAUUCCUUGACUGUGCUGCAAAUCAUGCUUUGAUAAUAUGGCAAAAUAUUCAGGGACGCAAUACCUAUACAGCUAUGAUUGAAGACAAAAGUGGGAGUACCCUUAACUGCAGCACACUCAGCAACAACUGUUACAUUUCUGGACUGAAAUGUGGGCAAGUGUAUUCAGUCUUUGUAAUCCAGCAUAAUGGGAAGUGUGCAAGUCCACCAUCAAGAGCCAUUAAGAUGAAUUCAGUUCCUUGUGGUCCUGAAAAUGUUAAAACGUAUGUGAACUGUGGAAUGGGAACCAUGAUGGUGGAUUGGGAUAUUGAAAUUGGGGCUGAGAGCUACCAAACCAUAGUGGCUGCUGGAAAUGGGGAGAGUAAAUAUUGCAGCUCCACUGAAACUAACUGUGAAGUUAGGGAUCUGGAGUGUGGGCAGUCCUAUACUGUUGUGGUGAUGUCAUUGAAUGGCACAUGCCAAAGUUUGCCAAGCAGAGAUGUAAUUGUUCAAGGAGCUCCGUGUGUCCCUCAGAAUGUUACGGCAGAGCUUAGCUGUUCUGGGAACAAGGCAGUGAUAAGCUGGGAGGAAGGAAAAGGCGCCAAAUACUACACAGCCUCAGCAGUGGGAGAAACCGGACACAAAGCCAAAUGUACCUCUAAUAACACUGCUUGCAGCAUCCCAAACCUACUCUGUAGUGAGAACUACACUGUGGCAGUGACUGCAUCAGACAAUUGUACAAGCCUUCCAAGCUCAAUAUUCAACUUCCAGACUGCUCCUUGCCCUCCAGUAAAUGUUGAAGGCUGGAUAGACUGUACAAACAACACAGCCUUCAUUUCCUGGGAUCCCAGCAAGAAUGCAAAAGCCUACAGGGUCAGAGCUGUUGGAACUAGCGGACACACUUCAUCAUGUAACAGCACCAAACCUAACUGCCAGUUAAGGGACCUUCACUGUGGUCAGGAGUAUACAUUCACUGUUAUAGCAACAGAUGGACAUUGUGACAGUAAUGAGAGUCUACCAUACAAACAAGAAACAGCUCCCUGUGCUCCAAAGAAUGUUGAGAAAAUCCUUUACUGUAAUUCUAACAUCCUGCUGCUCUACUGGGACCCUAGUCUAACAGCUCUAAAUUACACUGCCGCAGUGCAGGGCCCCAGUGGGUUGGCACACUCUUGCAAUACUAGCGAUACCAGCUGCAAUUUCAGACAGCUUCAGUGUGGACGCCAGUACACAGCCACAGUGAAAGCAUAUAACAAGAACUGCAGCAGCCCAAAUAGCAUCACUACCACUGUAAAAACAGUGCCAUGCAUUCCCCAGAAUGUGAGAGGUGAUUUAGACCACACCGGCAACUUCCUUGUGGCGUCGUGGGGUAACACUUCAGGAGCAACGGUCUACAUAGCUGUGGUGACUGGGCCGGACAGCUAUAUGGAAACCUGCUCCACAGCAAACUUGACCUGCACAUUUGGCAACCUGAAAUGUGCUGAACAGUACGACAUUACUGUGUCUGCUGGAAAUGACCAGUGCAACAGCACCCAGAGCUACCCUGCAUCUUUAUUAACAGCCCCUUGUGAGCCACAGAAUCUAAACCUUAACUUUGACUGUGCCUCCAAUAUUGCCAUUGUGUCCUGGGAGACCAGCAUAGGAGCAAAGACCUACACAGUUCUAGCGGAGGGACAGAACAGUCAUCUAGCUUCCUGCCAGACCAGUGACACUUUCUGUCGGCUCAGCCUACUAGACUGUGGGCAGCUGUACAAUGUGACAGUGCUGGCAGAUAACGGCAAAUCUAACAGCUCAUCACAAACAAGUCUCGUUUUAGAAACAGCUUCCUGUGCUCCACACAAUGUACAAGCUUCUCUGGUGUGUGCAAACAAUACUGCCGUUGUAUCAUGGGAUUCUAGUGCUGGCGCAGAGUCCUACACUGUGACUGCUCAGGGGUGGAAUGGACACACCACAUCUUGCAGUUCUAACAGCACAAACUGUUACAUCUCUCACCUACAGUGUGGAGUGAUGUAUGAUAUCACAGUGAUACCCCUAAGGGACAACUGUGCAGGAUUCCAAAGCAGCACUUUCAGGUUCAAUGCAGGUCCUUGCCCCCCUUCGAAUGUUGACGGCAGACUUGAUUGUUACACCAAUAUCGGUUCUGUGUCCUGGGCCUUUGAUCCACAAGUAGAGAUGUAUUUUGCCACUGCCACUGGCCAGGAUGGACAUACUCAUACGUGCAAUUCCAGUAGAGCCAAUUGUUCUUUCACAGACCUCCACUGUGGAGAAUCAUAUACAAUCACUGCUGUUGCACGAGAGAGAAACUGCAGCAGUGCACCAAGCUCUGGCUUUAAGAUUAAAACAGCACCAUGUCCUCCAAGGAAUCUGGAUGGACAGGUCUUCUGUGCCCAAAAUAUUAUGUCAUUCAUGUGGGAUGGAAUUACUGGAGCAAAGUCCUACUUUUUGUCUUCUAAAAGUCUGGAUGGCACCAUUACCACCUACAUGACAAUGGACACCUCUUACUAUCUCUCUGGACUGCAGUGUGGGCAGCAUUAUUCCUUUAGAGUCACAUCACUGGAUGGAACAUGCAACAGCAGCCUGAGCAACUCUCUGGAAUUGAACACAGCACCAUGUCCACCUAGAAAUGUAGGUGCAAAUGUGGAUUGCGGAAGCAAUAAAGUAGUGAUCUCCUGGGACAGGAGUGAGGACGUGAUGUCCUACACAGCCAUAGCUGAAGGAUCCCAUGGGCACAAGACCUCCUGCACCACCAACAGCACUUCCUGUGUAGUUAAGAUGGACUGCGGGCGUUCGUAUAUAGUCACUGUAUUAUCCACCUCUGCCACCUGCAACAGUUCUCUAGAGUCAAACAUUCAGGUUGAAUCAGCACCAUGCCUCCCGGAGAAUGUCGAAGCCGUGUUGAACUGUGAUACCGAUGUUUUAUCAGUGAAGUGGAACGAGAGUGUUGGGUCUGACCUUUACACUGCACUGGCCAUUGGCAGUGAUGGUUUUCGUGCGUCGUGCAAUACCACCGACACAAAGUGCAACAUCACAGGCCUGGAGUGUGGUCAGACAUAUGGCAUAGCUGUCACUACAUCAUCUGUCAAAUGCAGCCUCAUAAAAGGCUCUGAUUAUAAAAUCCAAUCAGCCCCUUGUCCCCCCAAAAAUACAUCUGCAAACCUCAACUGCAGCUCAAAUAUUGUCUCUGUGUCAUGGGAUAGGGGUAGAGCUACAGAGCUGUACAGUGUCACAGCAGAAGGAAGACUGGGAGAAAUAGAAACCUGCAACACCAGUGGCACAAACUGUAGCUUCACUCAUCUCAGGUGUGGUCAGAGAUACAGCUUUAGUGUGGUGGGGAUCACAAAUCAAUGUAGAAGUUUAAUAGACUCAGCAAUGGACCUUGCAACAGUUCCUUGUGUCCCAACCAAUUUAGACCCCAGACGAGAUUGUGACACCAACAUAGUUGCGAUCACAUGGGAUGCUGCUGCUGGAGCCACCGGGUACAUAGCUAAAGCAGAGAGCAACCAAGGACACAGAACAUCCUGCAACAGUCCAGACACUCAUUGUUCAAUUAAUGACAUGAAGUGUGGUCAGGAGUACUCCAUCGUGAUUGUAUCAAUGGAUGCCAACUGUGCUAGCCAGAUAAGCACACCUGCUAAAGUUGCAACAGCUCCAUGUCCGAAUACUAAUCUUCAAGCAUCCAUAGACUGUCCCACCAAUGUGGCAGCAAUUUCAUGGACUCCAGGAAAUGGCUCAGACUCCUAUGAAGCAUUGGCGGAGUGCUUUAGCAUUGGACACAGGGCAGUCUGCAACACGACAGGCUCAUCUUGCAACAUCAGCACAUUGCAGUGUGGGAAGAGAUACACUGUGAGCGUCACUGGGGAGGGCAAUGGGUGUAGAAGCCCCGUAGGUUCGUGGGUUGCGAUCCACACCGCCCCAUGUGCACCCACGCAGCUGAGAGUCCAGUUUUCAUGUGGCUCCGACACAGUGGCUCUGUCCUGGAAAGCGGCUGAGGGGGCUGGCAUGUACAUGGCUCUAGCAGAAGGGAAAAACGGAGAAAAGCGAACGUGCAACAGCAGCACCACAGCCUGUAACAUAACCAGCUUGCAGUGUGGAAAGAAGUACAAUGUGUCAGUUAUUGCAUUUAAUGGAGGGUGCAUUGGAGGCCAAAGUGAGAUCUACACCAUUAAAACUGCCCCCUGUGUUCCUAAAAAUGUUGAAACUCACCUGCAGUGUGACUCUGGGACUCUUUCAAUAACCUGGCAGGAUAGUGAUGGAGCAAAAUAUUAUUACACAACAGCUGAAAGGAGUGACGGGGAAGUUUUGACAUGUUACUCUAAAAAUAAAACCAACUGUACAAUCCCUUAUUUACAUUGUGGAGAUACAUAUAACAUCACUGUUACAGCUGCUGAUGAGUCCUGCAACUCAUCCCAUAGCCAACCAAAGGCAAUUACCACAGCACCAUGCCCUCCAUCAGCGAUAACUCACCACUUAGACUGCAACUCAAACAUAGUCUCCAUUUCGUGGGACACCAGCAUCCUGGGUGUAGAAUACAGAGCAAAGGCGACAGAGGUUAAUGGACACAGCUCUUCGUGUAACACAUCGGAUUCCAACUGUGCCAUCACCGGUCUCCAGUGUGGAAAAGAGUAUAAUGUGACAGUUAGAGCAACUAACGAUGGCUGCCUUGGCGCUCAAAGCUCAGGAUAUAGAAUUAGAACAGCUCCAUGCACUCCUCAGCUUACAGAUGUUGAAAUCGACUGCCUGUCAGACAUUGCUUUGCUCACUUGGGGUCAGGUCGAUGGAGCAAUGACGUACAUAGCAACUGGAAAAGACAAACAUGACAGAAUAUUCCAGUGCAACUCCAGUGACACCAGCUGUUCGAUCAUGGGCUUUAACUGUGGGCAACAGUACUCCUUCAGCGUGACAGCAUGGGAUGAUCUGUGCUCCAGUGAGCCUAGUAAUGUUUUGGAAUCUGAAACAGCACCAUGCAUGCCACAGGAUGUGAGGACAGAUCUGCCUUGUAACAGCAGCACUGUGAGUGUGUUCUGGGCUCCCAGCGUUGGAGCACUGACAUACACGGCCACACUGGAAGGGAGAGAUGGAAACACUAUAUGUUGCACCACCAAUAGCACAACCUGUGAAAUCUCAGAUUUGCCCUGUGGAGAAAUCUUCUUUGUGUCAGUCACAGCCGAGGGCCCUACUUGUAACAGUUCUCAAAGCACAAGUGUCAUUUUGAAAACAGUGCCUUGUGUUCCACAGCACCUCAAUGUCAGCCUGAACUGUGAAAACAACAAAGCAACACUGAGGUGGGAUGAAAGUAAGGGAGCUCAGCUCUACACAGUAGAAGCAGCUGUAAAGAACGGUCACUCCACAACCUGCUCUUCAACAGAGAACAGCUGUGAAUUUCUGGAUCUGCGCUGCGGGCGCACCUACGCCAUCUCAGUUAUCGCCGAAGACAUGGCUUGCGAAAGUGAGAAAAGCAAAGCCGUGAACAUAAAAACAGUACCCUGCAAUCCAGACAACAUAGUGACCAAAGUGGACUGUGAGACAAAUACUAUUGCGGUCUCCUGGAAUAAAAGUGAUGGAGCAGAGUUCUAUACUGUGACUGCAGAGGACGGUGAUGGAUGGUCUACACACUGCAAUGGCUUUGAUUCACAGUGCAACAUGACAGGUCUCAGCUGUGGCAGGACAUACUACACGACAGUGACAGCAUCGGAUGACAAGUGCAGCAGCCAGCCAACAUCUUUUAUCGAAGCCAGAACAGCACCCUGUCAGCCACGUGAUAUUGAGGCGUUUGUAGAUUGUUACACUAAGACGGCCAUAUUAUCCUGGAAUUAUGGCGCUGGGGCAAUCGCUUACACUGCUAGUGCCCUGACAAAUGAUGGACUCGGUGCCUCCUGUAACACGAACAACACCAACUGUGAAAUCUCAGACUUGCAGUGUGGUGAAGAGUACUUAGUGUCCGUUUUCGCUCAGGAUGAGACCUGUAACAGUUCAGCAGUGCUAACAGACUACUUGAAAACUGAGCCCUGUGUGCCCCAGAACAUCAGUGUCAGGUACACUAUGUCCAUAGCGCAGCUAGUGUGGGACCCCUGCCGUGGUGCCCUCUCUUACACUGCAGAGGCACUGACCAGCCAGGGCCACCAGCUCACCUGUAACACAGAUGACACCAACUGCGCCCUUGCGGGGUUUCUCUGCAGCCAGAUCUACAACAUCACUGUCACCGCACACAAUGAAGCGUGCAAUGACACUGUCACCUCCGAGAUCCAACAGCUGGAAACUGAGCACUGUCCUCCUUCGGCUGUGGUUGCCAGUGUGCACUGCCAGACAGGUGUGGUCUCAGCAUCAUGGGAAGAGAGUGAUGGCGCAGAGAUCUACAUUGCCACAUUUGACGGGAGGAAUGGAGACUCGCAGACUUGCCAGUCCACAGGCACAACCUGCAAUGUCAGCAAUCUGCAGUGUGGAAGCAUUUACUAUGUCAGUGUCAAGGCACUCAGCACAAACAGGAACACUUCCCUUAGCACUGUCAUCAAUGUGGCUACAGAACCAUGUGUUCCGGACCACGUUGAAACAAAUGUGGACUGUGGAACGAACACCGCAUGGGUUUCUUGGAUGUAUACUUACGGAGCUGAAUCUUACCUUGCGACUGCAGAAGGAGCUGAUGGACAUGUAGCAUCAUGUAACACUAACGACAACACUUGCAACAUCACAGAUUUAAACUGUGGGCAGAUUUAUAACCUUACCCUUACUGCCAUCAACGAGCAGUGUCAGAACAAAACCCCUACAGUUUUUUCUUUUUCAACGCGACCAUGUGCCCCUCUGCGAGUCAAUGCAGAGCUGGAAUGUGGCAGUGACACUGCCUUAGUAUUCUGGGAGGAAAGAGAAGGCAUUGAGCUCUACUAUGCCACAGCUACAUCAAGCACAGGGCACACAGAAAGCUGCAACUCCACCAGCACAUCCUGUAACAUUGCUAACUUACAGUGUGGAGAAACCUACUACUUUACUGUCACUGCCAACACUGAGCAGUGUGAAAGUGAACUCAGCAGUACCAUAGAAAUUAAAGCAGCUCCAUGUAGACCUGAGAAUGUGUUUGCUCAAGGAUCCUGCGACAGCGAAGAUGUGACUGUGGCCUGGGACGAGAGCGAAGGGGCCCUAUCCUAUAUUAUCACAGUCACUGGAGACUUAGGUCUCAUAACAGCUUUUAACACAACUGAAACUACCAUUGAAUUUGAACUGAACUGUGGACAAACCUACAACAUCACUGUAGUUGGGCAAGAUGACAGAUGUGACAGUAUUUCCAGCUUCCCUGCUGAAUUUAUAUCAGCUCCAUGUGUUCCUCAGAAUGUGGACAGCUACACACACUGUGAAACCAACAGGGGCUCAGUGAGCUGGACUGAAAGCGAUGGAGCAGUUUUCUACACUGCCACUGCCCAGGGCCUAGAUGGCCAUACUCACGUGUGCAACACGACUGAAACCAGCUGCACCUGGGAAGACCUUCACUGUGGGGAGGUGUACACAAUCUACAUCAUUGCAGAGAAUUACAUGUGUAACAGUUCUAUGAGCAACACUACUGUAAUAUACACAGCCCCCUGCGUUCCACAGAACCUUGUGCCAGAGCUCCACUGUGGCUAUAACAUUUCAUCAGUGACCUGGGAUGUGAGUGCAGGUGCCGAGAUGUAUGUGGUAACAGCACAGAGUGGAGAUGGGCACAAAAUAGAGAUCAGCACCAAUGACACAUACUCUGAUUUAAGACAUCUCCUGUGUGGCGAAGUGUACACCAUCACUGUAGUGGCUUACAGUUCAGAAUGCAAAAGUGAGGAGAGCACACCUGCCGAAUUGACAACAGAUCCUUGUAUUCUAACUAGGGUCACAACUCAGCUAGACUGUUUGUCAAACAGUGCUGUGAUUUCCUGGGACGAAGGCAGUGGAGCCCAGUAUUACACAGCUGUAGCUGAAACAGGAGUUGGCCUGAAGCAGUCCUGCAUAUCUUACGGAAGAUUUUGUACAAUUAACAACCUACAGUGUGGACAGCUGUACUUUGUCUAUGUGACUGCAUCCAGUAAUGGGUGUACCUCGGCCGAGAGUUUUCAAACUAAUCUCCUCACAGCCCCUUGCAUUCCACAGAAUGUGUCACUUCAGCUGGACUGUGUGGCUGACAGUGUCCUAGUCUCAUGGGAGCACGCUGAAGACAAACUGUCUUUCAAGGCUUUGGCCCAGAACAACCAGGGCAACUCUUCCUCCUGUGAGACCCGUGGCACACAGAAGGAGUGCCUGCUGACCAACCUCAUCUGUGGCUUGUUGUACAGUGUUCAGGUGGUAGCUUUCGACAAUACCUGUUCGAGUCUUCCAAGUGAAAUUGUUAACAUUCAAACAGUCCCCUGUACACCUCAGAUAUCAGAUGUCUACGUGGAUUGUAACACUAAUACUGCAUUGAUAGAGUGGUCUUAUGCUGUCGGCGCAAUAUCAUACACAGCAAUAGCAGAAUCUGGAGGAAGUGAGCUAGCCUUCUGUAAUACAAGCCACACAAAUUGUGAAAUCCUAGAUCUGGAGUGUGGGCGUCUCUAUAGCUUGACAUUGAUAGCCUCCGAUGAGCACUGCAACAGCUUGCAAAGUAUAAUCUGGGAUUUUGAAUCAGUUCCCUGUGCCCCUCAGAAUGUCAUUUCUCACCUGGACUGUUACUCUAACUUUCUUUAUGUGGAAUGGGAGGCCAGUAGUGGAGCUGAAUCUUACGAAGUAUAUGCUGUCAGCCUUCAAGGACAUGUAGCUACCUGCAGCUCUACAGAUGAGGCCUGUGAAAUUACAAACCUCAUGUGUGGAAACACAUACAACAUCAGUGUUGUAGCUAUAAGUCAACACUGCAACAUCUCAGAAAGUGCAAUUACAGAAAUCCAGUCAGUGCCCUGUAUUCCAGAAAAUGUGGAUGGCAGUGUUGACUGUGAGACAGGUGCAGUGUCCAUGUCCUGGGAACACAGCGAAGGGGCGGUGUCAUACACUGCCGUUGCUCUGGGCAGUGGGGGAUACUCUGCCCAGUGUUACACCAGUGGCACCACGUGUCAGUUCACAGACUUGCUCUGCGGCCUCUCAUACAGUCUGUCUGUUACUGCUUCACACGACACCUGCAGCAGUUCAGAAAGCCACACUGUGACUUUGAGUACAGUUCCAUGUGUGCCCCAGAAUGUCACAGCACAGUUACAAUGUGCCAACAACACUGGGUGGGUGUUCUGGGAACUGGGAGAAGCAGUAGUUUCCUAUGAGGUUCUGGCUAUUGGCCCUGACGGACACAGAACACAGUGUAAUACAACUCUCAGUGGCUGUGAGCUGACUGACUUAAACUGUGGCCAGCUGUACAACCUGACAGUGACCAGCUUGGACGGAGUAUGUGACAACAUACAUGCCUUCUCACAUCUUCAAACAGCUCCUUGUGAACCAAAGAAUGUCAGAAGUGCCUUGGAAUGCAGCACCAACUCUGCCUCUGUGGCCUGGGAUGAAGGCAACGAUGCUGUCUCAUACAGAGCUGUAGGCCACAGCAGUGAUGGCCACACAGCGGUCUGUAAUACAAGCUCAAACUUCUGUGAUCUGCAAAACCUCCAAUGUGGACAAAAAUACAAUGUGUCCGUCUUUGCGGUGGAUGACGUCUGUGACAGUGUUCAAAGCAGGACUUCUGAAGUAUCAACAGCCCCAUGUGCCCCACAAAAUGUGGAAGUACACAUUAAGUGUGAUUCAGGGAUAUUGGUUGUAACCUGGGACUCCAUGCUGGAUAUUACGUUCUACAGAGCUCAGGCUGUGGCUAAGGAUGGGAAUAUCUUCUCAUGUGAAACGACUGACACCAGCUGUUCUAUGAAAGGCCUACUCUGUGGUCGCACUUAUACUAUUCAAGUCACAGCCUUCAUAGAUGGGUGCAGCAGUAAACCCAGUGAUGCUGUAAUGAUUUCAUCAGCACCAUGUCCCCCCAACAAUGCGAUUGGCAGUCUGGACUGUAUGACCAACUCAGCGUGGGUUACCUGGGAGAACAGCAAUGGGGCUCAGUCCUACACAGUGACUGCACUAGGUAGCGGGAACUACAACUCCACUUGUAAAACAGCCAGCACCACCUGCAAUGUACCAAGUUUGCGCUGUGGGAUCCUCUACACCUUCUUUGUUACUGCCUUGAACAAGAACUGUGAGAGUGCACAGAGCAACACCUUCCAGAUUGCAACAGCACCCUGCGCUCUUACCACUGUCAUGGCCGUGACCAAGUGCAACAGCAGUACGCUGCACGUAACGUGGGACAAUACAGAGACCUCAGAGAUGUACAUUGCAACAGCCGAAGGCAGUGACAGGAGUCUGCUUUUCUGCAACAGCACAAUGGCAGCCUGUGACCUGACUAAUGCACACUGCGGCACCAGGUAUACCGUUAUUGUUGCAGCAUCAUCCGACAAAUGCAGCAGUCUGAGGAGCCCUCCAUACUAUAUCAGUACAGCUCCCUGUGCGCCACAGAAUGUUGUUGCUCGCCCGAACUGUGAUUCUCAAGGAGUCACGGUAUCAUGGAAUAGCUCUUCUGGGGCACUGUCCUACCUGCUGACUGCCAUAGGGAGAGAUGGGGACCGACAUUCCUGUAACACAACUCAGACCAACUGCCCCCUCACACAGCUGCACUGUGGCCAGCAAUACUCUCUCUCAGUAAGAGCAGCAGACGCCACGUGUGCCAGCCCACCAAGUUCUAUGGUUUCCUUUAACACAGUGCCCUGCAAGCCAAAUAACUUGUCUGUGAAUAUCCAGUGUGCUACAAAAUCAGCUGUACUAUCUUGGGACCGAACCAAUGGUUCUGUGGGAUACUUUGCCUCAGCCAGUGCUGUUGGUGGGCAUAGCCUAUUCUGUGAGACCCGAGAGCCUCCCUGCACUAUUGAAGGACUGGAGUGUGGCGCUAAUUACAGCUUUAAAGUGCUGUCUUCAGAUGGCAUCUGCAACAGCUCAUACAGUGAUCCUUUGGCGAGAGGAGCAGUUCCCUGCCCUCCGGCAAUGGUCAGGACUAGAUUGCUGCCCAUGCACAAUGGGAUUCAAGAGGUGGAGGUGAUGUGGCAAAAGGUGGACUGUGCUGAGGCGGAGUACAGAGUGGAUUUGCUUGGGCAGAUUCAGGAUGACGAACUUGGAUACAUCCAGAUAGACUCCUACUGGACAACUUUCCCCUACUUCUACAUCCUUCUACCCUGUAGCUCCACCUACAAUGUAACCCUAAGGGCCAGGAACUCAGCAGGAAAAAGCAAUACUACCGACCCCAUACUGAGACAGACAGCUCCCUGUGCCCCAGCAGGUGCGACUUACAACGGGAAUUUUACUUCAGCAGUCAUUUCAUGGAAUGCUUCAGUUCACGCCACAGAUUAUAAAGUAUACAGUGUUUCCAAUGAGAGCAGAAUAGAGCUCUGCAGAACAACACAACUGUCAUGUACAGUGACUCACGUACAAAAGUCCACAAUUGUAAUCACUGCCAUUAACUCUGCUGGAGAGAGUGAGCCGACUAGAGAAAUUCAAGACUCCUCAUUACAUCGCACUAGAAGAGAUCUGCGACAGACUGCAACAAAUGAAGAGCCAUUAUUAACUCCUGAUCUUCACAUUGUUAAUGUGACCAGAGACUCUCUGCAUGUGGAAUGGACUGCAGUUGAAGACUCUACUUACUAUGUACUGAUUGUCAAGGAAGACACAGAAACACAUCCUUUCAAACCACUGGUGAUGUCUGUCAAUGGCACAGUCUCAAUUGUUUCGGGCCUCCAGCCUUUGACAAGAUACAGUGUAAUAGUAGCAGCAAAGAACUCCAACAGGAGCAGCCAAUAUUCUGAAAAAGUUUUUGUAACAACAGGCAUUUAAAACUUAGAUUUCUAAUCAAAAUCAUUUGACCUACUGGGAAAGACUCAUCCCUAUAGUGCAAAGUAUACGUCUUGUAAAAACUAUGUAUCCUGAUGUUUGAAUUUCUUCUUCCAAGAUAUUUCUUACAACUAAAAUAUAUUACCAAAUAUCUAGUUAUUUUUUAAUCACUGUACUACAUUACAAGUUACAAAUACCUGUUGAUUUAAAGAAAACAGGUGAUUUUUUAUCAAUCAUUUCUAACAUCCAGAACAAAUGAAACAAAAUUCCUAUAUAGUCCAGUGUUUUAAAGAGUGAACUGUUGAUCAUUAUGAAAUGUAUUAUACUUAUGCUCAAUAUCCUAUUUCAUUCUUACAGAAAACCUGUACAGAUCUGAACUUUACCCAUAAGGUCCAUUUAUGUGUCCCUUAUUCACAACCCAAUUAGCAAUAUGAAUCCAGAAAUAUUCUUUUGAUUGAAUUGUAAUAAUUAGAUAUGCAUUACUGGACAUUUUAGAUUUUGAAUUACUUCCUACAUGAACUUAACACAAAAUGUACUUCUGUAUCAACUAUAUACAUUUUGCUUUAUAAUUCUUUUAAAUGUUUCUUAAUCACAAACGUUUUAAACAGUUUAUCUAGUUAUAGUUCAAUAAAAAUAGUAUAAUGGUAAUUUAUCAAAUAUUAUAAGAGUAUUUUUUAUCCUAUUAACUGUCUAAUUUUGUGAACUAUUUCAUUAUAGUCAUGUUUUUAUACUAAUGCCUUUCAAUGAAUGAAUUCUGAAAAAAGAUUUUUUGUAUCAUUCCUGUUUCUAUUAACGCACACCCAAUAAGUUGCAUGUCCCAGUAACAAUUACAAGCUAACAGAAGGUAUUACAGACAGCAUACCGGUGUUCUUCCAACGAUAUUAAGGGUGCACAACGGUUCACUGCAGGGCCUGAAAGAAAGGGACAAUUUAUAACAGCUGAUCAAACUUAGCCUGACUUUUAUCUGGUAAAUAAACCCACAUGAAGCAGGCAAACUAUUCACUCAGUCAACCAAAACCAUAAUGAAACCGUGGGACUGCGAGAUAUCAUCCUUAACCAAACUGUCUGUUGCUUUUCCCAUUUCACAGGAAUGAUAAAAUGAAAAAGUGGUCUACUUGCAUCAGCUGUACAUUUCCAUUGGUCCUGUUUUGUUAGACCCUAAACAUAUGUGACAUGCUUGAAAUCUUUU